AUGGCUACCCUAAAGAGGAAAUGAUAUACAGAUGGAGGAAGAACUCUGUGGAGGCUGCUGACCAGAAAUCUUGGAGACUCUAUCAGUUUGACUUUAUGGGUCUCAGAAACACUUCAGAAAUUGUGAAAACCUCUGCAGGUGAUUAUGUAGUCAUGACUAUAUACUUCGACUUAAGUAGAAGAAUGGGAUACUUCACUAUUCAAACAUACAUUCCCUGUAUAUUAACAGUUGUUCUUUCCUGGGUAUCCUUUUGGAUUAAAAAAGAUGCCACACCAGCAAGAACAGCAUUAGGCAUCACCACUGUGUUGACCAUGACAACUUUGAGCACCAUUGCAAGAAAGUCAUUACCCCGUGUGUCCUAUGUCACUGCGAUGGAUUUGUUUGUUACUGUAUGCUUUCUAUUUGUGUUUGCUGCUCUGAUGGAGUAUGCAGCCCUCAACUACUACUCAAGUUGCAGGAAACCAAACUGUACUAAGAAGAAAAAGUCGCUACCUGAUGUCAGUUUUGGCCAUGUGAUGAAUUAUUCUGUACUUGAUAUGAGACCACCAACUACAGUCAUCACAUUGAACAAUGCCAUGUAUUGGCAAGAAUUUGAAGAUGCGUGUGUCUAUGAAUGUCUGGAUGGGAAAGACUGCCAGAGCUUUUUCUGUUGUUACGAAGAGUGUAGAUCAGGCUCAUGGAGGAGAGGACGGAUUCACAUAGACAUCUUAGAACUGGACUCUUACUCUAGGGUCUUUUUUCCUACAUCCUUCCUGCUGUUUAACCUGGUCUACUGGGUUGGAUACCUCUAUCUUUAA